UGUUCACAUAACUUCAAAAAGAUACCUUUUUUCCUUGAUAUUGUAUUUUAUAGUAUUAGAAAUCGCCGCAGUCUGAGCAUAUUAUUGUUCAUUGUUAUGUAUCACGCCAAGGUAAUUCCGAUUAAGAAUUUAUUGGGAUUUUGUUCUUGCUAUACCUGUGGUGGUGGCUCCGAGAUGGCGGCACUUAACGCGUAUAAAUUAUGUAAAAAAAAACAACCCGAAACCAACACUGUGCAUGAUAUUGAUAUUCGUAAACAUCUACGAGAAGACCGGUUCGGUUUCUGUCCGUCAAUUGUGCGUUCAUUGUGCCGGACGCCACUGCCAGUGACGGUACUCGCGCAACGUUGGUCGCUGUAGUCGAACUGCUACUACACAGGUAUCUCUGUUGCCGGCUGAUAACACAAUGUUACCGACUGUUAUCUGUUUGUCAAUAUUUGUAUGCGUAUAUUAUUCAUUACCGGCUCUGGUGAGUAACCCAAUAUUUAUAAUAAUAAUAAACAUAACCCAUGUCUUAAAUUCGUAAUAAUAUUAAUAAGCAUAUUUUUUGAUAAUGUGUCCGUCCCGAACGAGCGCGGAAAUCCCUUAUGCAUAAAAAAAUGUACGCCUACGUACAUCAAUCUUUUAUAAAUAAUAAUAUGUAAACCCAUAUCAUUAUAGCUUUAAAGGUUUAAUUACCUACUUGCUGUAUUGAGAGGAGAUAUUUGGCGCUUUUUUUAAAUUGCAUUUCUUAUUAAAAAAUUAGGUAGCAGUAUAUUAAGUAUGCCACGAAAAUAUACCCAUUAUAGUAUUUUCGGUAGAUAAUAAAGAUAAUCAAAUUCUAUUGUUUUUAUUUAUUACUAUUACUCAUAGGAAUAAAGGCUACAAAUAUUUAUACAUCAAUUCAUUUUGUUGUUUCGGUAAAAAAUUUAAAAGAAUAACUUUUUAUUUUAUUAUUUUUGAAAAAUUUGAAGAUAGCUAUUUUAUAGAGUUCAUUCUCCUGGAAAUGUUAACAUUUUAUUUUCAUUAAACUCAUGAUUUUUAAUUUUUAUUCUUCAGUUAACCAUAAUAAUAAAAAUCAAUUAGCGAAUGUGAUUGCAACCUGCUGCAUAAUUAUAAGUACUUUUCUCUGAACUUAUAAUUUUUAAUUAAAAAUCACGAAUUUAAUGAAAAUAAAAAGUUGAAAUGUCAAAUUUUUCAGAAUAAAAAACUCUAUAAAAUGAUCAUUUUCAAAAUUUUGGGAAAUAAUAAUAUAAAAAGUUAAUUUUUAGUUUUUUUACCAAAAUAUGAAAAUUUAAUUCAAUUAUAGAUAUCUGUAGUCCUUAUCUCUGCGAAUAAUAUAUAUAUAUAUAUAAAACAAUUUUUAUUUAUCUUUAUUAUUUCAGGAGAUAUUGCAAUGGGUAUAAAUCUUCGUGGAAAUAAAUAACUAAACUAUUUGGUGUUUGGCAGUGCCUAGAGUAGUAGAUACAUAAAGGCAAAACAUACCUAUAUUUAUUAAGAUGUUCAAAAAUCUAAAUUACAUGGGUAUUUUUUUUUUUAAAUAAUGUUUUCAAAUUGCGUUUUUAUAGUAAUUUUAAUUUAAAAUAUGAAUGUAAGUUUUACAGUGUACAAUUUGUAUACUUAUCUACUUUUAUGAAUUGAUAAUGGUUUUUAACUAUUAAAUAUAAUUUUAUUUAUUUUAACAAUAUUAACAUGUUUUUUUAAUUUAAUUUGUAUAAAUUUAUGUCAAAUGGCUUUUAAAUAUGUAUAAACAAAUAUAACAGUAUGUAUCUAAUUAGUGAUAACAUCAAAGCAAAACAAGGUAUAAAGUAAUAAAAGUGAUAUAAAAAUAAUGUUAUAUUAAGGCCAAAGAUCAAUAUAAUUAUUAUUUAACAAAUGCAUGGCUCUAACUAGGGGAUCGUUCAUCGGAAAAUUGGACUUUAAAAUGGGAAGAAGAAUUGGCUCUUGUAAUCUGGUGUGAACACUAGGUAUACAUAAACUAACGCGCUCCAGGAGUCUGGAUGCGUCCACUUUCCCAUGAUGUAGAUUGAACAAAAAUAGUUGGUCAGCCCUUUCGCUCCUAUUUUCCAGUGAACAGAGUUUUAAUAUUUUCAUAACUGGUGAGUAAUUGUGCUGAGGCUGAUCAAUUUUUAGUAAAAAACCAGCGAGGCCAAGGAAGUGGGAUUGAACUCGUUCGGCAAGUUUAAUCUCGAUUUGAAGGAAUGGAUUUCAAACUAUCGAUCCAUAUCCAAGAUUGAUCUAACAAGGGAACAAUAUAUAGCGACUAAGAAAGGUGUGCUAAGCUGAAUUCAGUAGUAUGACAUUGUAAAACCUAAAACCUUUAGUGCUUUGCAGGAAAUAUGAUUAAUAUGAGAUCUAAAGGAUAAAGUUGGUGUUUAUAUGAAACCAAGAUCUUUAAUCUCUAGAAUCUGCCUUAGAGGUAUCCCAUUUAGAGUAUAAUUAUGAUCAAUAAAUAUAAAUAUUAUAGAUCUAUAGAAGGACAUUACUUAUCAUCUAUCCUUGUUGAGAGUCAAGCCAACUGUUUUACACUAGAUAGGUUUAAAUAUAAGCACGUAUUAUCUAAAUCUGAAGACUUGUACAACUUGUACAUACAAACGGAUUUAUUUCUACCAAAAGUUUAAAUAGUGAAUUAGAUGGCUACCCUACUGGCUAUUUUAUUUCAAAUUGGAUAAGUAUAAAUCGGUAUUUUACAUUAUCGUUUAUAUCGAUAAUGUAAUUCUUUUUCUUUAUUUUGGUGCCUUCAUCCUUCCAUCCCACGCAUGCCGCGUAUACCUACUUCAUGAUAUAUUUUUGUCUUUACUUUCCAUCAAGAGGAAAGAGACCACCGAGAUGAACGACCCCAAAAAAUGUGUAUGAAUACGGUGAAGCAGGACUUAAAACAAUUAUUAUAUUUGUAUACGAUUUGAAGAAUGUAAUCCAGGAUUAAGAGAAAUAUUUCGAGGGAUAGUCAUAACAUUAAAUUAUUGAUGAUUAAUAGCUAUGACUGCUAAUAUUUUAUUCUUCGGUCGUCGUCAAAGCUAGAAAUGAGCGAUAGAGUAAAGAUAAAACAAUUAUAGAUAUAAAUAUGAUGUAUUGUCCAACGAAUAAAAUUAGUUAAAUAAAUUAUAGAAAUGUAAAAAGGCCCAUAAUUCGUCUACUCUAGAGGUUCAGCUUCAAUGUGAUUUUAGAGCGUGGAAGAUAAACGCGUUCGACUCUAACCGUGCUUGAUGAAGAUGAGGACUGAAGACUAAUGUAGGAACAAGAAAAAAUUGUCUUUUGAGUCGCAUGGAUCUGAGUGUUAACCCUAAUUAAAAUACGAGUAGAAGUGGUCGAAGUUUAAUCGGUCUGCUUUAAAUAUACCUAAUAUAACAUCCAGACUUUGAAUAUUGGGCCUACUGUCCUAAGAAUUGUCAGUAAUAUUUAUUAUUUUUACAUUAAGGUUGUUUGAAUUUUCUUUCUCUUUUUUCUCAGAUUUUCGCAAUUUUCAGCGUAUCGAACUGGGAAAUUGUAAAAAUACCCUCUAGUCUACAUGUAGUAUUACUCUUACACAAUUGUCAACCUACAAAAUUCCAACUUACAACUUUGUCAAAAUUAUUUUUGCUGUACAAAUUUUUGUAGUUUCAAUUUAUUAAAAAAAAAAAAAACAUAAAUAAAAAUGGAAAAUUAAAAGUUUUUAAUUGUAAAACAUCAAAAUAAUUAAUAGUUUAAAUUUCUGAUUAAAUAACUUUAAACAAUUUUACGAUUUUAUUAUCAAUUCGAUUUGGAUUGAUUUAAUAGUUAUUAAAUAAAAUUAUUAAGAUGAAGCCAUUUUAAAAGCAAUUAAAAUAUAUUUAAUUAAAUACUGAAGCUUUCAAAAAAAUAUCAAAUAAAAUGAAGGUGUGUUAAAAUUGUUUAAUUAACAUUUUUAGGCGAAAGAUGAUACUUGUGUAUGGUACGGCGAAUGUGGAAAAGUAAACGAAUUAUUGCCACUAAAUUGUCCUUAUAAUGAAACUGCGAAACCGAUGACGGACUAUAAGUCGAUAAAUGUUCUUCAAACGUGGUGUCCUGAUUUCAUACAAGAACACUCAAAAGGUAUGUUAAAUUGUAAAAUGUUUAUAAAAUAAUUAAAAACUAAAAUACAUUUUUAUGUUGAAUAAAGAAACUUUUUUUAAAAAGUAAUUCGAUUAAAAAUAGAUAAUAUGCAAUUAAUUUUAAAUUUUAAUGAUUUCAAAUAUGAUUUGCACUGCAAGUACUGAUUAGGUCAAAAUUGCAUGUUUUUUUAAAUUUUAAUAAAGAGGUGGUGUCCUUAAUAGCAAAAAUGAUUAGCAAUAUGUGAAUAGUUGUAUAAGUAUUUCAUUAAAAAACCUUGUAACAAAUAACAUACGCAUUCAUUUAUAUCUGUUUAAUAAAAUACUAUACUAAUAAUGCUAACUGUUAAUAUCAAAUUAUACGAAAAUUUUUCAGUUAUAAUAAUAUAAUCAUGAAUAUCUAUUAAUUUUUAAGUAAAUAUUCCAAUAGGUAAUAAGAAUUUUGAAAUUAUUGUAUUAUUAUUGGAUUACCAAAUUUAGGUUAAUCAUUUUCGAGAUUAUUUAGAAAAAAAACCUGUUCCCCUUUCAUAAUAACUACCUGUAGUAAUUAUUGAACUAUUUCAUAACAACCCGAAGGUAUGUUAAAUAUAUGUUUUCACAUUUCAAACACUGUAUUAUUUGUAAACAUGUCAAUUUUAUCUACUUGGUAAAUACAUUUAUUUUUUGAUUUUCGAAACGGUAUUUAAAAUAAAAACGAUUAACCGGGGAAAAAUACGAUUUUUUACGAUUUCGUUAUUUUAAAUAGGUACUUACCACGUUUUCUAACACAAUUAUGGCUCCAAAUGAAAAACGACAAGAGACCUUUUUUGUUAAACUAUUGACCUUGUUUUUUAUGAUGCAGGUUCUUUUUUUUCUUUGUAAUAAGCGUUUUAAAAUCAAAUUUAAACGAAAACCACAAAAAAAGUUACGGCACUUCAAAUUAUGUAUUACCGAACUGCGCUCGGAAUCAUCUUUCGUCAGCAAUAGUUUAUCGUUGUUUACAGAUAUAAAUGAAAUAACAUUAUUUAUCUUACCUUUUCAAAUUCUCACCUACAACAGUGGCCGCACGUUCCCCAGUGUUUUUUAUUCGUCUCUUUGUAUUUUAGGUAUACAUGUUUUUAAUUAACAAUGUCUUUAUUAAUAACGUGUUCUGCAUCUAUUUUAUUUCUUAUCCCAAAAUAUUAUACAAAGCAAAUAUAAUAUAAAUUGCUCUAUUGUUAUGUAUUUCAAAAAUUAUAAUUUAUCCAUAUUUAAACACUAAUAACUAGAUAGCCCAUAUAUUUUUUUUAUAAUAUGUCGAACUCAAAUAGGUAUUUAACAACAUAAUAUUACGAUUGCAAAGAAUCUAAAAAAUAAAUGAUAAGAAUACAAUAAUUAUUGCCUAUAUAAAUAUUAAAUCCAAAUACCACUGACUCACGGAUCGCUGUAUCUCAAAAACUACUUAACGCGUACGUACUUGAAAUUUGGAAUAGUGGUUCCUCUAAUACUUUUACCGUAUAAUAAAAAAGGUUUUUUGAAAAUUCAAUCCCUCAGGGGAUAAAAUAGGAAUUUUUAGGUAUAUUUGGUACGAAUAUCGAAUUGCUUCUUUUUAAUUUUUUUUAUUCAAGGGUUACAUUGAUAUUACAGAUAAAAACUAUUUUAAUAAUAAUUAUUAUUAUUACUGUUAUUUGCACUAUUCAAAUUUCACAAUAGAACACAUUUAGUCCACUUUCGGUGGACUAACCACUUUCCACCUAUUUAUUUUCAUUCAAUUCUGACACAGCCAAAAACAAAAAUUAAUAAGGUAAAAUAAUAAAAAUUGUUACGGGCAAUUCCACGCCGAUUUCCUUUCAGAAAAGGCGUUACACAUGGAAAUCUGAACAAGUUUUCUGGUAGAAAAGUUGCGUACAGAUAAAAAAAAAAAAAUAAACAUCUUAGUAAAACUAUAAGCUUUUUCGCUUCAUUCAGAAUCUAAAAUUUGAGUUAAUAUAUAAACUUAAUUGUAAAAAAUUAUAAUUUCCCCAUUUAUCUUACCUUAACCUAACCCAGCCAAUAGGGCAAUAAAUAAACGAAUCAUAUUAUUCUGCAACAUGCUUUUUAAUAUGGUUUAUAUUUAUUUAAUUUCAAGUACCUAUAGUUGAAAAAUUAAAUACAAUUUGUUAUAAAGUUAUAUAGGUAUUAUAUAGGUACCUACCUAUAUUAUAUUUAAUGUAUUCAAGAUGGAAUGUUAUUAUUGUUUAUUGAAAAUUCUUGUGAGUAAAAUGAAAAGGACAUUUAUCUGUUUAUUAGUCUGCAUACAUAAUGAAUUUUAUGAAUUCAAUAGGUAUAAUGGAUCUCAUGCUAAUACUAUUGAUAUCACGGUCUAUCAAAGUUCAGAUACCUAAUUAUCAAAAUACUAUAGAAUAUAGACAAGUAAAUACAGUGUAGAUCAUUAAUUAUUAUGAUAAUGUUUUUUAAUAUUUUUUUUUAGUUAUGAUCAAAUUUUAAAAAAAAAAAAAUGAUUAAUAAUUAAGUUGUAAAUUACUUAGCUAUAGCUAAGGUAGACGAUUGGGAAAAUAUGAUGCUCAAAAAUAAAGUUAUUUAAUCUUUUUAGUUUGUUAAUUUGUUAUUUAUAUCUGUAAACAAUAAUAAACUAUUGUAACAAAAUAUAAUUUAAGCGAAGUUCAGUUAAACAUGUUUUAAAAUACCGUAAUAUUUACGAUUUUUUUUUUACGAAAUUUUGGUCCUAAAUGAUUACCUAUAUAAACAAUAUAAAUUACAUUCGUUGAUGCCAUAAACAUUUCUGUAUUUCCUAUGAUUUUUCCAAUUAUUCCCAAUUUUUAUAAAAACUAGUUAGACAAUCAAAACACGACUUUCUUACUAACCAACUAGAGCAAAAUUGUUGAUAGAAAACAUAAAUUGUAAAAAAUUAAAAUAAUGAAAUUGUAAAGCUAUAAAUUUGACAGUUUUUAUUUUACGUUUUUUCUACUUUUUCCCAAUUGUUAUGAAAACUUCUUGAAAAAUUAAAAAACGAAUUAAUUGUUCAUCAAUUAGAUCCAAAAUUUGAAAAAAAAAAGGUGUCUUAUUACUUUUUUAUUGAAGCAAGAUUGCCACUAGAAAAGUUGUUUACAGACAACAAAAAAAACGCUGUAAAAAUAAUGUAAACCCCCUCUUUAAUUUAUCACUUUUAUCAUUUUUCAUUCUUACAUUAGAUAUAUUUUUUCAAUUUAUUUUGCUUAUUUCGUUUGUAUGAAAAAAGUAAAUAUUAUUAUAAAACUGUUUAAAUCUGUUCUAGUACUCAAAUUAAUUAUAUUAUUAUUAGCUCUAUAAGUUAUUAUAUAUGUAUACAAAAAUUUAAAUGGCUCAGCAUAUUAUAUUAACUACAUCCGAUACAAACGUGGUUUGUCUAAGUUAGCAAUUCUUAAUAUUGUGGAUCUAAAAAAAUAUGAUAAAAUUUAAUACAAAUUUAUUAUAAUUAUAUGAAACAUUUUGUAUUUAAAUUUAGUUAAAAACUUUUAUAAUAAUAUGUAAUAAGUAGAGACUAUAUUAAAUCAUAAAUCAAUCAUAUUAUUUAAAACAAUUUUUUAAUUCAAUACUUAACUAAAUAUAAUAAAUACAUUGAAACUGGCAAUAAGAAGGAAGAAUCUGCAUGAUUCGUAGUAUAAACGAAUUAGAAUUAUAUUUUGAGGAAGAGAAAGGAAGAAUGAAAGACAUGUGAAAACGACUAUUGGAAACAGGAAUUUUGGAAGUUGAUUAUUAUUAUUGAUAGAAAAAAAAGACAAUGAUAUUAUGAUUGAGAAAGUUUGUGAGAAAAAAUGUAUCGAACUUGAGCGUACGCGGUUGGUGAGCGUAUAUCAGUAGUGCAAGGUAUGGCGUACAUAAUAGACGCUUGAUAGGUAUAAUCAUAAUGCGUUUAUAAUACAUACAAACCAUCAGUUUUCUUAUAAAUAAAGUUCAUGAGAUGUGUAUUUCAAAGUAAAUGGCCUUGUUUAGUAUAUUUAACUAGUAUAAAUUCUAUCGUAUAAAUAAAUAUAUUUGUAUAAUGUAUGGAAAUUGUAUUCCCUUUGAGAAUUUCAUUUUUAUACACGCUCGUUGGUUGUUUAUUCUCCAUAAAUAACAUCUAAUUUUAUCCAUAAAAUUCACGACUAAUAUUUAAUAAUAUUCUCCCUAACUAAAUUUAAGGUUAUGAGCAGAUUUAUACUGUAAAUGGUUUUUUUUAACAAAAUAAAGCUCGAACUUUGUACGUGUACAAAAAAAUAGUACACACUUAUGUAAGUUAUAUAGAAUAAUUUAAUUUAUAUCAGCAUGUAUAUUGUAUAUACGCAACGAUAAAUCAUUGAUACCGUAAAAUGAUUCUGAAAAAAGUUCGGUUAAACUCUUUUUUAAAUGUCAUGAUUUUUAUGAUUUUCAUCAUAAUUUGACCUAAAAACGUGUAUAAAAAAAAUUGUGACUUCAAAUUUUUGGUAUUUUUAUAGUGACAUAACGAAAACUAUUAUGCUGAAUCUUAUAUCAAAUUAUUGAAUAUUCUAGAGAAGCCAAAACAAAUUUAUUUGUGUAAAAAAUAAAAACAAAUAUAAAUUAAAAAAAAAAAAACCUUACAAUUUCAAAUAGUUAUCAUUAUAAAUAACUCAAAAUAACGUCAGAAUAUUAUACAAAUUAUACUACAUUUAGAACAUGCUGAUUCUGUGAAAAUGACACAUCUUUACGAGUAUACGUCCACUGUCCAGCUCCGAAAGCUGUACGUGUAGAGAGCUCUGUUGAUUAGAAAUACUAUUUUAUUAGUUAUACUCAAUCGUUUAAUAUUUGAUUUUUAGUUUAAUUGUAUUUAUUGAAUAUUUUCCGAGAAGCCGUAAAAAUUUAAAACGCUUAUAAUUUAUUGUUAUUUUAUAUAGUGAAUAUUAAGUAGAUACCUACCUAGGUAGGUAUAUAAAACGUGUUGUUAUAAUAAUUUCUAAAAAAAAAAUAAAUAAAAAAUAUAUAUAUAUUUAUUUUCCUGGAAAUUUACCUAUUAAAAUAUCGAGUUUGUAAAUUUUUCGAAGACAUUUGUAUAAUACCGUAUAUCAAGCUAUAAUAUUGUAUUAUUGUCAGUCAAAGAAUAAUUGACGUUGACAAGUAUCUAUAAUGUAUUAGAUAUUAGAAUAGGUUAGGUAUCACCUAUUUAAACCCGAUUACUAUGGGAUAAUUUUAUAAGAUGUAAAACGUUUACAACGUUUACAACGUUUACUUUUUAAUUAUUAUUGUCAUUUUAUUUAGAAUAUUCUUGUCCUGAAAAUUUAAAUACUUAUAGGUAAGUACAUAAAAAUUUAAAAAUGUCGAUAUUCGAAUAGAGAUACGGGUUAGUAUAUGCAAGAUUUUAUACAUUUUCUAUGUAAUUACAAUUACAGUUAUUAUAUCCUGUUAUCUAGUUAUUAAGUACCUGAUAGAUACUUAAUGUAAUAUUAUCUAUAAUUAUUAUUAUACUUUAAAAAAAAUACUAAAUUAAAAUAAUUAUUAUAUAUGAGAAUAAUAAUGGUUACCUACUGCUUAUAUUAUGUUAUAGUAUAAUACAUAGUUCAUAUUACCAAUAGGUAAUUGUAAAAAAAUUGGUUACUUCAUUAUUCUAAAAAUUAUCUUAUUAUUGUUUCAUAUUAAAUAUAAAAUUAAAUACAAAUAUAGGUAGACAUAUUUAAAUAAACUCAAAAAUAUUCAAAUAGGUUGGUAUUAUUAUAGAUAGUUACUAAUUUAUUUGUAAAAGACAUAAAACAAAAUAUGUUUAAUACACAAAACUCGAUGAGCAAAAAAAUAAAUAUACUAAAGGAUACCUACACAAGGUGGGCACUGGGUAUACAAGAUAGGUACCUACAGACUAUUGUUCGUUGCGACAUAUUAAAUUUAAGAAAUAAAUGUACCUAUUAUUUAUGUGGCUUAAAUCUUAGUUCAUUGUCCAAGUAUAAGUUAUCCAUGUAGAGCGUAUACAGUAUACCUAUAGGUGUGUCUAAGGAUAUACAAACGUAAUUUACGUGACACAUCUUGAUAUGAUUUUAAAAUAUAUUUAAUAUUUAAAAUUCAAAUUAUUUUUAAUUUUAAACAUUUAAAAGUUAACUAUUAUUAAAGACACCUAUUAUAAAAUCCAUUCACAUUAUUACUAGGUACCUAAUCACGCGUAAUCAUAGACAAUUAUUUCAAACAUUAAACCUCAUAAUGGUAUACAUUAUUUAAUUGCAGGUAUUAUUGGUUAAAUAUUUAGGUAAGUACUUAUACAUUAGAAAAUUAGGUACAGGUAAGGUAGUUAUAAUAAAUGGUAGAACAACUUCAUUAUCAAACAUCGAUUGCUGACGAGAUAGAAAUAAUAUGGUCGUCAUACCUCAUAAAAUGGAACCAAUCAGAAUGCAUUUUAAAAAUCAACAAGAGUAAUGAUAAGACAUCAUUAAGUAAACAACGAGAAAAAAGAGCAAUAAUUAUUUUUGUGAUCAUUGAUUCUUUAAUUAUAAAAUCUUUAUUUUAUAAUCUAUAAUUGUAAGUAUUUAUUUUCUAAAAUCAAUGUUUAAAUCAUGAUUUUAAAUAUAUUAGUUUAAACUAAUCAUUAUGUUAAGAUCACUCGGUCUAGAUGUAAUAAAACGUAGUUAUUAGUAUUCUAUUUGUAUCCAGAAGACCUCAGUUGCAUUUUAUACAUUAUCAGUUGUGUCAUAAAUAAUUAAUUAAUAGUGGAGUUUGUAAUAAGGAAAAGUAACACAGAUAUAUACUUAGAAUAGUAAUUGUCUUAAUUAAAAGCUCGUUUUCGGUAUACAGAGAACACGCGAGGGACACUAGUCAACCAGUCGUAACCAAAUGUUAGACAAGUACUUAUGUAUAUGUCAUAUCUGUGCGAAUAAUAAACUUUAAGUAUAGAACAAUUGUGUUUAUUUUCUUAAAUUGAAAUCCAAAUCCUUAAAACUCGUUCUGAGUCUACUCGGCUCAUAACAAUUAGCUUUAUCCUUCGUCCAUAGAACAGUGUAACUGGAUAGUAUACAGUUUUUUAUUUUGUAAAAAUUAUUUAAAUUUUAAAUUUUAUAAAAAUUAAAUAUUGUAUUGCAGACAAAUGGUAUUAUAUUUUUAUUUAAUACAAUGAACAAUGCGUAAUAUUUAUCAAAAUACAAUUAAUUAAAUAUAAGUGUAUAAUAAUAAUAGUAGAUCUAGUUACUGAGAUUUUAAUUUCCAAAAAAAAAAAAAAGCAUGCAUAUUAGAAAAUGCGAUAUUAUUUUAAGAAAAGUAGGUAAUAUUAAAAUAAUAUUUAAAUUUCCCGCGUAAAUUCAUCAAAUCUGAUUGGUUCCACCUAAUUGGGGCCAUUUUAUUUUUAUACUCGUCAGCAAACGAUUUUUGAUAACAAAGUUGUUCUACCAUGUAUUAUAACUGUACCUUAGGUACAAUAAUUUAAAAAAAAAAAGAUAUGGACAUACUUCGCACGAUAGGUGGACCACUUUUGUAGGAGAAAAGUUGGACAGGUAAGAUAGAGAGAGAAAUUUAUCUCUAGACAAGUACGCAACGAUUAAUCUUUAUUAUGAAAAACGAUUCUGCGCGUAGUUCGGUUGUUCACGUUUUGAAAGGCCGUAAUAUUUACUGUUUGAAAAUAAUACAUUUCGUAAUUUGUUUUUUAUUUUUACUAUAAAGCACGACUUAUAAUGAAAAUCUUGUUAAAUAUUCUAACAUUUCAAUUUGGUUGAACAAUUUUAUCCACGAGAGUACAUACCGAACAAAAAUUACUUAAAAAUGCCCCGUAAAAUUAAAAUACUCAAAAAUAGUUAUAUUAUUUUCAAAAUUUAACAACGUUUAAAAAAAAGCAAAUAUGAGUUUUCUGUCCAAAUUUCAAAUCUCCACAAAUAUUUUAACUAAAUCAAAACAAAAAAUUGAAAACAUAAUAGAUUUCGUAAAUUUCCCUGUUAUUUCCCAUUUAUUAGGAAAACUCCUUGGAAAAACGAAAAAAUAACCUUUUUAAAGUACCACCCAAGUCAGACUUCCUUUCGGAAAAUUGGAGCAAAAUUACUGGUAGAAAAGUUAUCCACAAAAAAAAAAAAUAAUAACCAUUAUUGUAAAACUAUACAUUUCUCUCUCCGCUCAAAAGUACAUUGCUAUUGACUUGUUAAUUUAAUAUACAUAUAAAGUUUAAAUGUAUGUAUAAACACUCAUCAGAAUUAUUUUAAAGUUUUUAAAGCUUUAUCCCUAUGUAUUUAUUUAGAUAACUUUAUAACUCAUAAAUCUGUAAAUUAAAUACAUUUUUAGUUAAUUACUUAGUACAAUUUAUGUAAGUAUAUACAGGAAGGUACAUCUUAAUUUUGUUUAAAACAACAUAUAUACUGAAUGAGUAAAUAAAUAAGUAUAGGUGUAAUUAAAAUAAUUUUGUUGAUUAAUUUUAUCUAAUUCAUUGUCAAUAUUAAUUGAGUUAACGGUUUAUUGAUGUGAGUUAAUAUCUAUUUAAUAACUUUUGAACCAAAUUUGAUAGUGUACAAUCAUUUUUGUAGAGGAAUGAUUUGAAGGUGUAACUUAAUACAAUAUUAAAUAUAUCUAUAUCUAUAUUUUUAUUAUUUCAGAUGGAAAAAUUCUCAGGACGUGUUGUGGAAUAGACCAGCUUUCGACGUUGGGAGUUAGUAUUGUACGAGCUGCAAACUUCUUACAUAGGUGUCCGUCAUGUAUGCGAACUUUCGGGAGAUUUAUUUGUGAGUUAGCAUGUUCGCCGAAACAAAGUCGAUUCAUGAAUGUCACGAAAUUGUUGAAUAAUGGUCAGUAAUUUUAUUAUAAUAAUAUAUAAGAGUGAAAUGGUUUCAGUUUAUGUUUACUACUUAUAUACAUACUAGAUACGAGAUUUUACAUAAUUAUAUGUAUGGGUAGAUAUACACGUGAAAAUACGACGACGUGGAAUAAAAUUUCCAUCAUAUCUCGGUCGAUCGAUUUGUCGUUAUAAAUCAACCACAAUAUUAUUAUACUAACGUUUCACAAUUACACGUAAAAUACACGAUAUCAAUAUUGUAACUAUAUCGUAUUAUAGGUUCUACGAUUCAAGAAUUGGAUUUUUACAUUGCCGAUUCGUAUAUGCAAGGUGUUUACGAUUCAUGUAAAUCUGUUUCGAACCCAGCUACUGGCGAAUUUGCAAUGGAUGUUUUAUGCAAUGGAGCAAUGGGCUGUUCUGCACAUACGUAGGUACCUAUUUAUAAAUUAUAAUGAUUAAUGAGUCUAGUUUUCGUUUCUAUUUCUUUUCAAAAUUUUAUUUUGUUAAACAUAUUUGCACGCACACUAAACCAAUAUAUCAUAUAGAUAGUUUUACAAACUUAAAUUAAAUGCGAUUAUUUAGAUUUUAAUUAAAUAAAUGUCAGGUAAGUGUAAGUAUAUCAAUUAUCUAGAUGAACAUAUACUAUACAAUACACAAAUUUUUUCCUACGUGUGUAGGGGAAAGUAUUAUUUGGAAAUUUUAUUAAAGCAUUGGAAAUAGGAAAUACCCAUGUGCUAAUGAAAAAAAAAACUGUUAUCUUUAAAAACGUAUUUAUUUAAAAUGUACAUUUAUUUUUUAAGGUGGUUCAAGUUUUUGGGGAACAAUCCUUAUUUAGGUUUCGUCAUUAAUUUUAUUUCAAAUAUAACGGUUGAUAAUCACUACGAACCGUUUAAAGCACCAGUUAUACCAUGUAAUCAACCAGUUGAUGUAAGUUUAUAGUAACCUAUAUACAAUAAUUACUGUUAAAAAAAUAUAAGAUAUUAAUAAUUAAUAGCCAGGAUUUAAAUUAUGCACAUAGCUAUGCAAUCUAAAAAUUAUAAAUAUAUAUUAACAAUUUUGCUUAUGUGCCAUUUAAAAAUACAUCUCUUAUAUCUUAGCCAGAAUCUGCUAUAGUUUAAUAUCAAAUAUUUUAAAUUGCAGAAUACCUCUAUUGCAUGUAGUUGUAUGGACUGUGAAGAAAGUUGUCCUUAUCCUGAUAAAAUACCUGAGCCACAAAAAUCAUUUAAAAUAGUUGGUAUAGAAGUUUUAACUGUAUUAUCAAUGAUUUUGUUUUGUUUCAUAAUGUCAAUUUAUGCAGGCUUCAUAUAUUUUAAAGGUAAUUUUAUCGAUUUAAAUAUUUCUAAAACUAUUUAAUUUGAUAUUACUACAGGUGCAUUGAAAAACAAAAGCAAACAAAUAAUGAAAACAUAUGAGUAUAUUUUUGUAGAAAAUUUAAAAAAAAAACAUAAAACUAUGUUAGAAAUGGGUUUUUUUCAAAUUGGAAAAUGUAAGUAAGAAAAGGAAAACUUAAUACAACAUUUCAUCUAUUAUGUAAUGUGUAUAACAUUAAGUUCUUAUUUUUGAACGUAUUCAAAUUUAAUUGGUUAUUAAUUGUAGUAUUUUAUCUAUUAUAGAUUUCGCAAGUAACUUACAAAUUUCAUUUAUGAUAGCUGUAUGUCUGAUAACUUUACUUAGUCUUGGAAUUAAAUUUAUAAAAAUAACAAUAGAUCCAGUAGAUUUAUGGUCAUCUCCAAAUAGCCAAUGCCGUCAAGAACGUGAAUUUUUCAACUUAAAAUUUAAGCCAUUUUUCCGAACAACACAAGUGAUAAUCGUUCCAAAGGGAGUGUCAGAUGUAAAUUUAAUUUGUAAAAACAAAAUUAUUACAGAAAUAAUUCAACAGAUAUUUAAUAUUUUAGGUUGAUCAUAACACAACUCAAGGUUUAUUUAAAUUUGGACCAGUGUUUAAUCAUACUUUUUUGGUAGAAGUUUUAAAUUUACAAAAACAAAUUACAGCUGUAAGUUGUUUAAAAUAUUUUAAAAUAUUGGUAAUUUGUAAAUGUUAUAAACUGUUAAUUAUUAUUUUUUUAAAAUACAUAGUUGGGAAGUCCACAUAACGGAUUGGAAAAAGUAUGUUUUUCGCCACUUGCAUCUAAAUUUCGUGGUCCACCAAAAGUUUCAGAUUGUGUUAUUCAAAGUGUUUGGGGAUAUUUUUUAAAUAAUCCAAGUAAACUGAACCGUAAAUCUCGUAACCGUGAUGGUUCUGUAAGUACUUACUUGGAUAAAUUCAAAAUAUGCUUUCAGUGAGUAAAAAAAUAUUAUUUUUUGCAUAAUUUGUCAAUCAUUAUAAAAAAAUAAACAUUGUAAUUUGUAUAGGAAUCCAUAUAAUCCAUUAUGCUUAGCACCCUAUGGUGGUCCAGUUGAUCCAUCUGUUGGUCUAGGAGGCUUUUCUAAUUCUAAUGAACCAAUCACUAAAAGGGCUCCUUAUGAAAAAGCAAGGUCGUUAUUAUUAACAUUUGUACUCAACAAUCACAAUAAUAAGUCAUUGUUAAAUGAUGCACUUGAAUGGGAAAACAAGUAGAGUAACAUAAUAUUCAUUUUUUAAAUGUUCACAAUAUGUACAUAUAAAAUAUUUUGUAUUUAAAUAGAUUUUUGGGAUUCAUGAAAAACUGGACUAAAAUUUCUAAACCAUCAUUUAUGGAUGUUGCUUAUUAUUCAGAACGUUCGGUUGAAGAUGAACUGGAUAGAGAAUCUCAUUCAGAUAUUUCUACAAUUGCUAUAAGUUAUUUGGUCAUGUUCAUAUAUAUUGUUUUUACUCUUGGUCAAAGUAAAAUUUUACUUAGUUUUUUUGGAAUAGUACUUGUCAUAGCAUCUAUCAUAUGUUCAGUUGGCUUUUAUGGUCUGAUUGGUCUACCACUGACCUUAAUUGUACUUGAGGUAAUAUUUUGGUUAUUAUACUUAAUUAAUAUUAUAUUUCAAAUAACCUUUAAUCAUCUUUUUUUCUUAUAAGUUUAAUAAUAAUUGUUUUGUAACAGGUCAUACCGUUUAUUGUUCUUGCUGUCGGAGUUGACAACAUAUUCUUAAUCAUUCGAACAUACCAAACAACGAAAAUAAAAGAAAAUGAAUCAAUUUCCAAUUAUAUAGGUCGAGUUUUAAGUAUAAUUGGUCCAUCAAUUUUUAUUGCUACCCUUGCAGAAACUACAUGCUUUUUCAUUGGCAGUUUGUCAGAUAUGCCUGUCGUCAAAGCAUUUGCAUUGUAUGCUGCAAUGGCUCUAGUUUUCAACUUUUUUUUCCAGAUAUCAUGUUUUAUAAGCCUAUUAGCAUUUGAUGCUAAAAAAGUAAGAAAAACAUAUUAUAAAUUUAUAAAAUAUAUUACAAUGCUAUUUAUUUAUGUUUAUAUUUUAUUAAGGAAAUCAAUAAUCACAAAAUAGAAAAACAAAGUUUUGUUUACACCAUAUUUCAUAAAUUUUAUGUUCCAACAUUGAUGAAUAAGAUUGUUAGACCAUUGGUUAUAUUCAUAUUUACAGCUUGGCUUUGUAUUAGUAUUGCGGUUGUUCCAAAAAUUGAUGUAGGUUUGGAUGUCGAACUAACCAUGACCGAUGAUUCAUAUGUGCUGAAAUAUUUCAAAGUAGGUACUUAUAUUAUUUCCAAGUAUUAUUUAAAAACUUAAUCUUGAUGAUUCUUAAUAAUAUAGUUUAUGAAACAAUACUUGUCAACUGGACCUCCUGUUUAUUUUGUUGUCACUGAUGGGUUGAACUUAACAGAAAAUACUGAUCAAAAUAUUCUAUGUAGUGGUAUUCAUUGUGAUCCUUAUUCAGUUACAAAUCAAAUUCAUAGAGCUUCAAAAAUACCAAACAUGUAAAUUUUAAACUAAAUUAUUUCAUUUAAUAUAAUAUCUACUUUUGCAAUAAAAAUGUUUUAAUUUUUAGAUCAUACAUAAAUAGACCUUCAACAUCAUGGAUUGACGACUAUUUCGAUUGGACUGCUCUUUCGAGUUGCUGCAAAUACUUUCCUUCAAACAAUAGUUUCUGUCCUCACAGCGAUGAAAAGUGUGUGAGCUGCAAUAUCACUAAAAAUCAUUUGAAUCGACCAAACGCUCAAAGCUUUUCAAAGUAUUUACCAUAUUUUCUCCAAGAUAAUCCAGAUAUACAGUGUUCAAAAGCUGGGCAUGCGGCUUAUAGUGAUGUAAAACUUAACAAAAAUAAAUACAUUUUUUCAUAUUAAAUAUUAUAUGAAUGUAUUUAGGCUGUUUCUUUGGAAAAUAAUAUGGCUGGUCCUAACUAUUUCAUGACAUUUCACACAAUAUUAAAAACAUCUAAAGAUUAUUAUGAAUCCAUGCGCUCAGCUAGAUCGCUAGCAGAUAAUAUGACUCAGACAAUUAGAUUAAAGAAACCAAAUACAACCACUUCAGUAUUCCCAUACAGGUGCAUUUAAAUAAUAAUUAUUGAAAUGUAUUAUUUCAGUAUUGGCAUAUACAUGCAUGGUUUUUUUCUAGUGUUUUUUAUGUGUUCUAUGAACAAUACCUGACCAUAUGGAAGGUGUGCAUUCAACAUUUAGUGUUGUCUUUAGUAAUGGUUACAUUUGUAGUGUGGUCAUUUUCUAAUUCAAAGAAGUCUUCUGCGGUUAUUCUUCUAAUAGUUAAUACAAUGAUAACAAUAGACUUAUUAGCAUUUAUGUACUAUUGGGAAAUAUCGCUUAAUGCAAUAUCAUUAGUAAACCUUGUAAUGGUGAGAAUAACAGUUGCUCAAAUAUUAAAAAAAUAUUUUUAUUUUUAAAUUUCAUUUUUAGUCAAUAGGAAUAAUGGUCGAGUUUUGUGGUCAUAUUAUUUUCCAUAAUGUUAAAUCAAAUGUAGCAUGUCCCAUCCAACGUGCUACUAAUUCUUGUGUUGAAGUUGGAAGUUCGGUAAUUACUAAUAUGUUUUUUUUUUUGUAAUAUAAAUAUACCUAUGCAUAUUGCAUAUAUCUGAUUCCCAUUAUAAUUUUAAUUUAUUUUAGGUAUUUUCUGGAAUUAUGCUGACAAAAUUUGCUGGCUUAGCUGUACUCGGUUUUGCAAAUACCCCAGUGUUUAAAAUAUUUUACUACAGAAUGUACAUGGGUAUUGUUAUUAUAGCUGCUUUGCAUGGAUUGGUUUUUCUACCAGUUCUGCUAAGUUAUAGAGGUAUUUGAUUCUAAACUUAAUUAAUAAAUUACCUUUAUUUUAUUAGUAACAAAAAAAUUUAUGUAUUUCAGAUACAUAUUAUUUUAAAGAAACUAAGACAGAAAGUAUUAAUAAAAAAACUAAUAUUGCUAAACUGCAACUGUUAGAUAUAAAUGUGCUGUGAUUAAUACAUUUAAUUUAAAUUACUUUAUUAAAUUUCGUUUGAAGUAGGUAUUAAGAAGUAUAAAUUAUUAUAUAUUCUCAUAAUUUUAUGAAUUGGUAGAGAUGUUCAAGUUAAAAAAUCAUUUUAUGUAUAUAAUUUUAUAGAUAAGUUAAACAUUUUAAUUUUCUGAUAAAAAAUAGAAAAACAAUUGUGAUAAACUAAGUAAAUAGCAUGUAUUUUUAGGAAUUAAUAUAAAUAGGUAAAUUAUUUGAUUAGGUAUUAAUUUGAUAUAUAUGUACAUUACAUAUUAUUUUUGAAUAACACAUAUUUAUACUAAGGUAUCUAGAAAAUAUUUUUUAAAGGGCAGAAUUAUUAAAUCCAUGUAGUUUAAAUUGAUUUUAUAAUAUUAUUAUGUAUUAAAUUGUAUUCAUUUCUACAUUUGAAUAGCAUGAUAAUGCUAUGAUUUAUGAUACAUAUCUUUAUCUCAUCAAGUUUUUAUAUAAUAAUAUUCAUCAAUAUUGUAACAAACAUAUGUUAUACCUAUAUUGGGUCCUCUAUAUCUAAACAAAUUUUAUAAGUAACAAUGCUAAAUGAUUAUAAAUUGAAUUAACUUAAAAGGGUGAUUUAAGUUAAAGUGGAUCCUAUUAUGUAUAAUAAAUUAGUUAUUAAAUGGCUUACUUAGUUAAAAUUGAAUUCUCUAUGUGUGAUAAAAUAUAACAUUGUUUGAUUGGUAUAUAUUUUUAAUUAAAAUUUGUUUAAUAUCAAUUGAUAUAUAGAAUUGAGUUAUAAAUAUUUGUAAUCAUAAACCAACUCUCAAUAUGAUAACUUGUUUCUAACUUUUGAUUUUCUUAGUUGGAAUUUUAAAUCAUAUUAAUGUGUCACUAUUAUGUAAUAUUUUUAAUGUAUCUACAUAUAUGUUUAAAUACAUUAUUUAUUUCAAACUAUA